ACCGCAAAAGAGACUACAACAAGCGCGUUCUUAACGAAUUUUGUGUUGUUUAAAAUAAUAAUAAUAAAAUCUAAAAUGAAGUUUGCUUUGAGCAUCCUGACAAUCUGUGGAUUAAUUGCACUCGCCUACACAGCACCACUUGACGACUCGGCUACUGCUCGACUGUUGCGUUAUGAUUUCGACAAUAUUGGAAUUGAUGGAUAUGAUUUUAGUUUUGAAACUAGUGACGGCAUCGAACGCAAGGAGAGCGCCGAACUUAAGGAUAUUGGCACAGAUACUAAAGCGCUCACAGUAGACGGUUUCUCGACAUGGGUAGCACCCGAUGGCAUAAAAUACACAUUGAAUUACGUUGCUAAUGAGAAAGGCUUCCAGCCGUGGGGUGAACAUUUGCCACGCUUUAAGCCGCAACCAAAAAAAUAAACUAAUGAUUUUUAUAAAUUUAUAAAUUUUAUAUUGCUAAUUAAUAAUUUAAACUAAUAUUUUUAAAUUGUCAACUAUGCAUUAAUAUUAUAU